AUGGAAGGAGUGUGGCGGCAGCACCAGGGCUUUGGGGUCAGAUGGCAGUCAGAGCUGCUGCUGUAUUCCACACACACAGCUACCAGGAAGACUGAACAGUAUGGCCAGCCAGUAUUCCAUGUAGUCAUGUGCCCAGAAAACAGUGGCUUGUGGUACGAUGCCGAUUAUGUGAUGACUGGAGUGAAGGAAUUUGGGAGGUCAGGUGGUUUCCACUUCCAUUUUCUUCCCAUCAGUGCUGAGGAGGAUGCAGAACUGGUGCCUCGAGCCAAGGCCUUGUGUAACUACAGAGGAAAGAAUCCAGGUGACCUGAAGUUUAAUAAAGGAGAUGUCAUCCUCCUCCGGAGACAGCUUGAUGAGAACUGGUACCAGGGGGAGAUCAAUGGCAUCAGUGGGAUCUUCCCAGCCAGCUCCGUGGAGGUCAUCAAGCAGUUGCCCCAGCCGCCACCACUCUGCAGGGCCCUCUACAACUUUGAACUUCGAGACAAGGAUAAGAGUGAGAACCAGGACUGCCUGACCUUCCUCAAGGAUGACAUCAUCACAGUGAUCAGCCGAGUGGAUGAGAACUGGGCGGAAGGGAAGCUGGGAGAUAAAGUGGGCAUCUUCCCCAUCUUGUUCGUAGAGCCAAACCUCACAGCAAGACACCUCCUAGAGAAGAACAAAGGGCAUCAGUUAUCACGCACAAAGAACCUGUCCCUGAUGUCCUCACCAUCCAGAGGCAAAGCAACCAACACACCCACCCUCCGAAAGAGCCCCGGGUCCAGGAGAAAGGGGUCUGGGCAGUUCUCCAUCACAACGGCCUUGAACACACUCAAUCGCAUGGUCCAUUCUCCUGAAGGUCACCAGAUGGUGGAAAUCAGCACCCCCGUGCUCAUCAGCUCUAGCAGCUCCUCUGCGUUCACUCAGCCUGGGGACAAGGCAGACUUCCCUGCCAACUCUGCGGGACAGACUACCAGCUGUGACCAAGCAUUCAUGUUGUAUGUUGCUAAGGGCAUCAAGAGUAAGUUGUUACCAAGGCAUCCACUCAAUGGCUUGCCAUAG